AUGUCCUCGCCGCUCUUCUCCGUCCCCAUCGGCCCCUGCGGCAAGCACCCCGGCGGCACCAUCACAUGUACGGAGCCCCGGCCUCAGGUCUACCUGCUCACGUGGAACUCGCCGCCCGACAACCGCCUCACGACGCCCUUUUGCAAGGCGCUGCUUGCGGCGCUCGACGUUUUGGAGUUUGGCGGCUACGCCCCCGGCGUCGUCGUCACUACUUCUUCCAUCGCCAAGAACUACUCGAAUGGCUUCGACCUCGAGCACACCCUGUCUGACAAGGAUGUGUUUUUCCCUUUUUUCUACGGACUCUGGGUCCGAUUCCUGACGUACCCCAUGCCCACUGUCGCACUGAUGAACGGUCACGGGUACGCCGCAGGCCUCAUGCUCGCCAUGGCCCACGACUACCGCCUCGCGCCGACGCCCCGCGGCUUCUUCUGCCUCCCCGAGCUCACCUACGGCCUGCCCCUGACCCCCGCCAUGGCGAGCCUCUUCCGCCACAAGCUCUCCCCCGCCGCCCUGCGCGACCUGGCCCUCGAGGCCGGCCAGCUGUCCGGCCAGCAGAUUGUCGACAUGGGCGUCGCCGAUGCCCUUGCCGCCAACCAGGACGACGCGUGGGCCUUUAUCGCCCAGCGCAAGCUCGCGGAAAAGGCAAAGUCGGGCGUCUACGGCGUCAUCAAGGGCGAGGUCCACAAGGAGCUCAUCAAGGAGCUUCGCGGCGAAGGGCUCGUGGCCGAGGAGAAGCGCCACCGCGAUGAUGGCGACAAGACGGCCGAGAGGGUCGAGUUUGGCAAGGUUUGGUACGAACAGUGGAAGGCUGGCAAGGCCAGGCUAUAG